AUGCCUUCCGAGUGCCCACCCCCUGGCUAUCGCCCACGAGAGUCGAACCUCUCCUUCGUUCUCAAGAACCCGCACGAUGUCGAAUUCGUCGAUCGACCGAUGCCACAGCUCUCAUCACCCAAGGACAUUAUAAUUGCCGUCAACUACACUGGAAUAUGCGGCUCAGAUGUGCAUUACUGGGAUCACGGCAGGAUCGGCCACUUCGUGGUGGAUGAACCCAUGGUUCUAGGUCACGAGUCGUCUGGAACGGUAGUCCAAGUCGGCAGCGCUGUGGCAGGCCUUCGGCCCGGCGACAAGGUUGCCAUCGAACCCGGCUAUCCGUGCCGGUGGUGUGCCGAAUGUCUGGGGGGUCGAUAUAAUCUGUGUCCUGACAUGGUGUUUGCGGCCACGCCUCCGCACCACGGCACGCUCACCGGCUUCUGGGCCGCACCGUUCGACUUCUGCCACAAGCUGCCCCUGAAUGUUUCUCUCCAGGAAGGCGCCCUGAUUGAGCCUCUCGCGGUAGCGGUCCAUAUCGUGAAGCAAGCCCGGCCAACGACGCUCCCAGGCGCAAGCGUUGUCGUGAUGGGAGCGGGUCCGGUAGGCAUUUUGUGUGGCUCUGUUGCCAAGGCCUUCGGCGCGACGAAGAUCGUUUUUGUCGAUGUGGUGCAGGCAAAGCUGGACUUCGCGAGAGACUUUGGCUGCACGCAUGUGUACUUGUCUCAACGGAUCUCGGCCGAGGACAAUGCGAAAGCGCUUCUUGGCCAAUGUGCCCUUGAAGGGGGCGCGGACGUUGUCAUCGAGGCAAGCGGAGCAGAGAGCUCAGUCCAGACCAGUCUCUACGUCGUGAAAGCAGGAGGCACGUAUGUCCAAGGUGGCAUGGGUAAAGCGAAUAUCAGCUUUCCCAUCAUGGCCCUAUGUCAGAAGGAGGUAGCUGCCAAGGGCAGUUUUCGGUACGGGCCUGGUGACUACAAGCUUGCUGUAGAACUCGUGGCCAGUGGUGCAGUUCAGCUCGAAAAGCUUGUUACUAGCGUGGUGGACUUUGGAGAUGCUGAAAAGGCAUUCCAUAGAGUAAAGGAGGGAAGCAUAGGGAAGACUCUUAUUGCAGGGCCUAACACGUGUAAGACGCAUACAGGUAUGGUCGGGCAGCAACACUGAAAAGAGUUCUCUU